AACAAACGAGAAUCUAGAUUAAAAUAUAGAUUUUUUAAUUGAAAAAAGACAGAAAAGGCAAACAAAAGAAACUGCGUAAAUAAAUGUCUCUAUUAGAACAAUAUGAGCAACAAUAUGCAAUCCUUAUUGCUGAAAUUACCAUACAAAUCGGCCAAAUAGCUUUGAUUAGUGAACGCAAAGAGUUGUAUGCAAAAAUCGAUGGCGGCUUAGUGGAAGCUCAGGAAUUGAUUGAGCAGAUGGGUUUAGAGAUACGCGAGUUGAGUUCAAUUCAGCGAUCAACAGCUACUAGUAAACUGAAUUGUGCUCAAGUUGAACUGAAAAGACUGCAAAACGAAUACAAAAAAGCAAGAGAAGAUAGUUUAAAAAGUCGCAAAGCGCAGGCGAUUAAUGUUGCAAUCGACGAUUAUGAAGAUUAUUAUGAAGAUGUGUCAAUGAGCCAUGACCAAAGACAAAGAUUACUUGACAACUCGGAGCGUAUUGAACGUACAGGCAAUCGCUUACAAGAAGGCUAUCGUGUCGCUUUAGAAACAGAGUCAUUGGGCGCUCAAGUAUUAGGUGAUUUACACCAUCAAAGAGAAACCAUACAAGCUUCUCGAGCUCGUCUAAGAGAAACGAAUGCUGAGUUAGGUCGAGCAUCCAGAACGCUAAAUUCGAUGUGGAUGCGAGCAAUGCGUCAGAAAGUGAUAUUGUAUACGGUUGGCGGUUGUUUUGUUGUGGCUGUGGUGGUUAGCAUAUAUUUAACGUUUUCCUCGAAUGCUCGAAAAGCCUAAAUAGUUAAUCGAAGUAACUUAAAAAUAAUUUCCAGAUUUGUUUUUGUUGUGUGAUUUGUUAUUAACUUAAUAAAAAAUUACUUUAGUAUUUUAUUUUCUUUUGCAUUUAUUUUUAGCGUAACUACAAUAGAAGCUUAGUUUUCUAAACCCUAAAAAUUUUUCUUCCUAUUAAAUAUUUUUUAUAAUAAU